AUGAUAUUAAAAUAUUUUCUAUUUGGAGAAGAACUUAUGUGUAAUAUAUUCACAUGUGUUUGUCGAUUAUGUCAAAAAUCAACAAAUUUUUGUCGAAACUUAAAUUUAUUUUCAUCAAUACCACCUUCAACAAAUGAGUUUGAUCUUCGAAAUGAACGAAUAUCAACACGAAUAUUUAUUUUACUUUUAUUUCUCUCAACAACUACUCUCAUCAUACAUACUUCGUUAGUUAAUGUUACAAAAACUGUUAAUAUCCAUGCACCUUCAUUUAAAACAUAUUCACAAUUAUAUUUAAUUCAUUCUCAAACUUUAAUAUGUCCAUGUACAACAAUAUCUAUUGAAUAUAAAAAAUUUCUUUAUGUCAAUUAUACAUUCCAUCAAGUAUGUAGUAGUAUUUAUGUUAUGAACAAUUGGAUAAAUAACAUUGCUUUAUCUUUUGAUAAUCAACCGUACGAUCCUACAAAUUUUCGAUGGGCAGGUACAAACAUAUUUCAAGCUCUAAGUACAUUUUGUGGAUUAACAAACAAAACAAUAUUUGAAAGUUUAAAUCGAUUCUAUUUAAAUCAGUAUAUUAGUAACAUGGUAACACCUUCAAGCUUAUUUAAAUCGCACAUACAAUCAGCGAUUAAACAAUUUAGAUCAUCAACAACAAAUCAUUUCUUAUUAUCAUUAGAAAUUGUACGAGAUACGAGCCAAGCCAAUGCUUUGCUCUCAGCCAAACAAACCAAUAUUUUAUUGUACUUUGCACCCGGAUCUACAUUUGCAAGUGUAGUACCAUUAGCUUAUGAUGGUUGUGAUUGUGGCUAUUCAGCUAAAUGCAUUCAACAAGCAGCUAUUUAUAGUUAUCCUAAUUUAACCAUGUUAUUCUCAAUACCAGGUCUCUACUUAGGAUGUUUUGUAAUCGAAUCAUUAUUACAAUCAACUCUCGAAUGUUUUUAUAAUCAAACAUGUAUAACUCUAUUACAAUCAUAUUUGGUAUCUAAUUUAUCUAUGAAUAUAAUAGUACUUGAUUCAUCUUUGCCAAGCCGUUUUCUUGAAAACUCAACAAUACAAGAACUUGUUAAUGAAUUAAUGAUUGAACAAUGGAAUUUAUCAACGAUGUAUGAAAAUUAUUAUCAUGCAUGUCAACCAAUACGAUGCACCUAUAGUUAUGCAACGAGAAAUGAUCUAAUUUAUAUUAUGACUACAUUAUUUGGUUUAGUUGGAGGAAUGUUAACAAUAUUAAAAUUUCUUGUACCACUAUUAGUUAAACUUAUUGUAAAAAUAAAAGCACCUACGCUUAAAAAAUAUUCACGACUAUCAUUUACACAUUUUAAAACUUUAACAUGCCCAUGUAAAACAAUAUCAAUUAAUUACCAAAAUUUUCUUCAUAUCAAAUAUAAAUUUCAUCAAAUAUGUAAUAGUAUUUAUAUUACUGAUAAUUGGAUAAAUUACAUUGAUGGACGUUCUGGUAAUGAAAUUCUUGCUAUGGAUGAUUUUCGUUGGACUGGUACAAAUAUAUUUCGAGCUCUUAAUUCAUUUUGUAAAUUAAUAAACAAAACAAUAUCUGAAAGUUUAAAUCGAUUCUAUUUAACUCAAUAUAUCAGUGCUACAAUAACAUCUAAACAAUUAUUUCAAUCACAAAUACAAUCUAUGUUUGAACAAUUUAUUUCUUCAACAACAAAAGAUUUAUUAUUAUCAUUACAAAUUAUACGUGAUACAAAUCAAGCAAAUGGUUUAUGGAGUAUAGCAGGUGUACAAUAUAGUUUAUAUAAACAAAUCAACUUUAACAAUUUACUUUUAAUGGUUCGUGAUUAUUUUCGUUGUAGUUGUGAUCAUUCAGCUAAAUGUAUUCGACAAUCAUCUAUUUACAGAUAUUCGGAUGGAACUUUGCUAUUUUCAAUACCAGGUCUCUAUUUAGGAUGUUUUGCAAUCGAAGCAUUAUUACAAUCAAAUCUUGAAUGUUUUUAUAAUCAAACAUGUAUCAAUCAAUUACAAACAUAUUUAACACAUUUUCCUUUUAUGAAUGUAACAGCAUUAGAUUCAUCUUUACCAAGUCGUUUUUAUAAAAAUUCAACAAUACAAGAACUAAUGAAUAAAUUGAUGAUUGAACAAUGGAAUUUAUCUAUGAUGUAUGAAAGUUAUUAUAAUGCAUGUCAACCAAUACAAUGUAGCUAUAGUUAUACAACAAGAAAUGAUCUAAUUUAUAUUGUUACUACAUUGUUUGGUCUAGCUGGUGGUAUGGUAACAAUUCUGAAAUUUAUUGUACCAUUAUUAGUUAAACUUGUUAGAAGAAAUAAAAGAUUACCAAUGAUAAGACUAGAAAACAACAUUGAUCAACCUACUAUUGGAUUAUGUCAAAAAUCAGCAAAUUUUUGUCGAAACUUAAAUUUAUUUUCAUCAAUGCCACCUUCAACACGUGAGUUUGAUCUUCGAAAUGAACGAAUAGCAACAAGAUUAUUUAUUUUACUUUUAUUUCUCUCAACAACUACUCUCAUCAUACAUACUUCGUUAGUUAAUGUCACAAAAACUGUUAAUAUCCAUGCACCUUCAUUCAAAACAUAUUCUCAAUUAUAUUUAAUUCAUUCUCAAACUUUAACAUGUCCAUGUACAACAAUAUCUAUUGAAUAUAAAAAAUUUCUUUAUGUCAAUUAUACAUUUCAUCAAGUAUGUAAUAGUCUUUAUAUAACCGAUAUUUGGAGAGAACAUCUAACAUCAUCUCUGUCAAAUAUAACAUUAUAUUUUCGUGAUUUUCGAGCAUCACGUAAAUUCUUAUUUCAAGCUCUAAGUACAUUUUGUGCAUUAACAAAUAGAACAGUAUUUACAAGUUUAGAUCGAUUCUAUUCAAAUCAAUAUAUUAGUACAACGGUGACUUCAUCACAAAUGUUUCAUUUACAAAUGCAAUCAAUAUUUAAACAGUUUAUUUCUUUGACAACAAAUGACUUAUUAUUAUCAUUACAAAUUAUACGAAAUACAACUCAAACUAAUGCUUUUUUCUCAGGACGUUGGACAAAUUAUGAUUUAUAUCCAACAUUUUCUCCUAGGCUACCUAAGAUGGAAAUUUUAGCACCCUAUCCUCAAUAUUAUUCAAAUUGUCGAUGUGAUGUAUCAAUGACAUGUAUGGAACAAUCAGCCAUAUAUGACAGUACGGGUACCACUAAAUUAUUCUCAAUACCAGGUAUUUAUAAGGGAUGUUUUAUAAUCGAAUCAUUAUUACAAUCAACUCUCGAGUGUUUUUACAAACAAAAAUGUAUCGAUCAAUUACAAUCAUAUUUGAUAUACGAUUUUCCUAUGAAUAUGACAGUACUUGAUUCAUCUUUGCCAAGUCGUUUUUUUGAAAAUUCAACAAUACAAGAACUUGUUAAUGAAUUAAUGAUUGAACAAUGGAAUUUAUCAACAAUGUAUGAAAAUUAUUAUAAUGCUUGUCAACCAGUACGAUGUACCUAUGGUUUUGCAACAAAAAAUAGCAUUAUUUAUAUUGUAACAAUUGUAUUUGGUUUAGUUGGUGGUAUUGUGACAAUUUUAAAACUUGUAAUACCACGAUUCGUCAAACUAAUUGCAUAUUUUUUUUUCUAA